CCCCUCUCCACAUACUGUCUCUUUCGAUUGGGAUAUAUAAUUGAAGUACAGCAUCUUUUAAGUGGUGACAAGGGUAUUUAUUGUUUCCAUUGAAAGGUUUGGCUGAUGUUGAUGGAUGCUCAACUGCUUCUAUAACAUGACAAUUGCGUGUAGAAACUCUACUUGGUUGUUCUAAAAACAGAGCCCGGUAUAGUAAUCAGGAGUAGAAAAGGAUGCUCCAACACUGUUGAUAGUAAUGUUCAACUAAUUUGAAUUAUUGAAUAAAUGGACAUGCAUCAAGCAUGAAAUAGUUCAUUUACUUCUUUUGCAAUAUAGCGGCUAAUAAUUGCCUGGACAGCUAAGUGUAGUAGUAUACCCCACUUUUCUUUUCUAACUGAAAGUACUCCUCCUGCAAGGCAGUUGUUAUUACUGUUCACCUGCAUCAGUAAUGAAAUUGUCAAAAUGAGGAAAAUGUGUCUUCGUAGCAUAGACAUUUAUGUGAUAAUUCUUAUAGCAGGGUACGUUAUAGAAUAUAGAUAGUAUCCAAAACAUCAAAGGACAAAUUAUUGAGCUCAGAAUUCACAUUCUUUUUCCCCUCAUACGAGUCCAAUGGCCAACUCCGAUGCAGAUGCUCAGGUGAACUUGGCCGUAGAACUUGCUGAUGAUCCAAUUCAGGAGGAGAUAGAGAAAUAGCAAAGGGGCACUUGAAAAUGACUUUACAGUUGUCCUAUUUUUGCCAAUACCAACAACCUUAAAGGACUAUGUCUAUGAAGCCAGUGUAUAGUCGUAUACUAAUAUUGUUCAUUGUUAAAUAAAUUAAUGUUAUGUUAUUGCAAUUGGGAACUAUGUAAAUGCAUGUGAUUAUUAGGGAUGGGAUCGAGCACCUGAGAAAUGGAAUGUCGACCACAUGGUGAGAGAAUCUUAUAAUACAAGGGCUAGUAACUAGUCAAGUCAUUAAACUUAGUCAUUUUGAUCAACAUGGCUGCAAGUGGACUGGGUUUGUGGGGCUAAACUGACUACGACCAUCAUAAUUGGCACCGGCACCGGCACCGGCACCAAAUGUUACUAAUAGUUGGCUAUGGAAAAAAAAAGCAUAUUCAAUAUGUCAUGCUAAUGGGUCAGACGCCGAUGAGCACAUUGAACUGUCCAUGUGGUUGAGAGCCCAGCCCAAACACAACAAGAAGGCAAAACAGAAUCGAUCUAUCUUGCUCUCCACGAAAGCAACUAUAUAUUCACCAAUAAUUAUCCAAAAAUAAAGAAAUAACAAGUUUUGAAGUAAUUUAUCUUGAGACACUGGAAGUUUGAAUUUGUAUUCUAAUUAAUCAGCACCAACAAUUAUAUUUUAAUACUAAUCUAAUAUUUGCUACAUCAAAGGUAAAUCUCACGAACACGGAACAACUAAUAUAUCAUAUUGGUUCCUAAUCGGCCAUCCAUAUUUUUUGUUUUAUUUUAUUGCACCUUUGUUGAAAUUAACUUGUUUGGUCCUAGUCUUUAAUCAAACAUAUUAUAUACUAAUUAGUUCUUAGUCUAGACAAAAAACAUAUACAAUUGUUGCCUUAUUCUCCAAGAUUAGUUUAUCCUUUGUCAACAUUUUAUCUUUGCCAACAAGUAGGUUUGACUAAAUUUGAAAGGCCAAAUGUUGGGAAUGGAUAUAUAUAUAUAUAUAGAGACCAACCUCCUAUGGUGGUUAUCUCAGAAUUCAAACUUAAAAGUAGUCCACUUUUUCAUUACUGAUGACAAAUCUAGUAGUAUUCCUUUCUCUGUUACUACUGUUUCCCUUGCUUAUAUUAAGCUAUUUUCUUGUCAAAAUUUCCUACUCCAUCUUCAUAAAACCAAAAUUGCUGGAAAAGCGCUUGAAGCGGCAAGGAUUCAAAGGAACUCAAUACAAGUUGUUGCUUGGAGACCUCAAAGAUGUUGGCAAUCAAAUGGAUGAGGCAUGGUCCAAACCAAUUAGCUUAACCCACGAUAUUGUGUCGCGUGUUGAUCCCUUCACUCACUAUAUGGUCCAAAAAUAUGGGAAGAUAUCUCUGAGUUGGCUUGGGACGUCACCAAGAUUGAUCAUCAUGGAUCCAACACUGAUAAAAGAAGUGCUCUUAAACAAGCAAGGCCAAUUUCAUUUACCACCAUUGAACCCUCUUGUGUUGAUUCUUACUAAAGGAUUGACAACUCUACAAGGUGAAAAAUGGGCUAUGCACAGAAAGAUAAUGAAUCCUGCUUUCCACUUGGACAAAUUGAAGGGAACGAUCCCAACAAUUGCAGAAAGUUGCACGUUUACGAUAGAGAAGUGGAUGAAAACAAUUAGCCCUGAGGGGACUUCAGAAAUAGAUAUAUGGCCUGAAUUUCAACAACUUGCCGGUGAUAUCAUUUCAAGAACAGCAUUUGGAAGUAGCUUCGAAGAUGGAAAGAAGAUCCUAGAACUACAAAAAGAACUACAACAACUUGUGAUUGAGGCUAUGGGAAUGUUAUAUAUUCCUGGCUUUAGAUUUGUUCCAACGAAAAAGAAUCGAAGAAGAAAGGACUUGGAUAGAAGGAUCACUUCAAUGCUUAAAACAAUUGUGGACACAAAAGAGAACAUGAUCAGAACAGGGGAAACAAGGGGAGAUGACUUGCUUGGCCUGCUGUUGCAAUUUAACAAUGAGAAUAAUUCAGUAAAUAAUAGUCAGAUGACAAAGGAGGACAUAAUAGAAGAAUGCAAACAGUUUUACCUUGCCGGUCAUGAAACAACAUCGAGCUUGUUGACAUGGACUCUCAUUGUGUUGGCUAUUCAUCAGGAUUGGCAAGAAAAGGCAAGGGAAGAAGUUCUACAAGUUGUCAGGGAGAAGAAUCCUGAUGCUGAAGAAAUAAGUCACCUCAAAAUUGUAACUAUGAUACUUAAUGAAGUGCUUCGGCUAUAUCCACCGGUGAUUUCCUUGUACAAACGCGCUUACAAAGAAUGUAGAAUAGGAGAUCUCUCUAUUCCAGCAGGAGUGGAUCUGACACUACCUAUAAUGCUAAUUAAUCGCGACAUUGAGCUAUGGGGUGACGAUGCAGAUGAAUUUAAACCAGAGAGGUUCGCGGAAGGAAUUUCACAUGCUUGCAAAGAUCCAACACAGAUGGCAUUCAUGCCAUUUGGAUGGGGACCAAGGACUUGUAUUGGCCAAAAUUUCUCCAUGAUAGAAGCAAAGAUUGCACUGUCUAUGAUACUAAAGCAGUUCUCCUUUAAGCUCUCACCAACUUAUGCUCAUGCUCCUUACACUGUUAUGACUCUUCAACCCCAACAUGGAGCUCACAUCAUGUUUCACUCACUUAACUAGGAUAAAUAGAGUUAUUAUGUGUUGAAGGUUAUCAUAAAAUAAGAAAAAAAAAUCAUGUCGUUUCCUUUCCCUAAAACUUUGUUCGGAUGGUUGUUACAGAUUGUUUCAUAAUAUAUCGUAUCGUAUUAUUUGUAUUGUAUUGUAUGGUUUUGUUUAAAUGAAUAUAGU